GAAUCGUCAAUACAGCGAAGAAGAAAAAGAACGUGUUUACGGAAGUUUAUGUGCACCAGAAUUUCUUUACAUUUACAUACUAACAGUUUGCAUAUUUGUCUUAUUUUCUACUCAUGUCACAUUUUUUAUUUAAUAAUGUUUCAUUAAUAGGCUCUAAUUAAUGAUUUCCCAUAUUGAUUAUAAAUCGAAGAAAUCCCAGUCAUAGCUAGCUUUUUCCUUUUGUUGAUAGAAUCAUCCAUAUGUGUGAUUAUAAUGUAGAUACAAUUACUUUAGAUAUCGGCAUUCUAAUGUAUGGUAAAAAAAAUAUGGUCAUACACAUCUUAGCCUUUUAUCAGAUAUGCAUCUCCUUUGAUGAGCGUCAUCAAAUGUUGGUUUAUCAUGGAGUUAAAUGGAGAAGCUGCAGCUGAGGUGAAAUGAUGCAACGACGUUUCCUGUCAUUAAGGUCCUUGUUUGGGCCAGAUCACUCUGGAUUUUGCCUUGUAACAUUCACUCUGAUCACGCUGAUGGUGUUGAUCUAUGUUGGGGGCAUCCAGGCAAGUCUGAGCGUCGGUCCAGGAGGAUACUUCCCAAGGUUCAGAGAUGUGUUCCUAUAUGCUCUUAGUCACGAUGAUCAGCCCUCCUUGCUGAUCAGCCUUGUUCUUCUGCUGCUGCUGGGAUCAUGUCAGGAGCGGCGCUGGGGAUCAGUGGCCUUCCUUCUCCUCUCCAUCCUCACAAUGGCUUUGCUGUCAUUUAUUUACACUUUGAUGCUGUUUGUGGGAGGAGGUGAGGCGAGUCGGAUCUGUGGCUACUCUGCCAUCCAGCUCGCUCUGUUUACAGCUCAGUGUCGACAAGCCACAAAAAGGAGGCUGCUGAGGUGUUUACCAGUCUGGCUCCUGCCAUGGCUUUUUCUGCUGGGUGGUUUGCUGCUGCUGCCAGGAACACCGGCCUUGCUUCACCUCUGUGCUAUAUGCAUUGGACACAACUAUCAGCAGCCCUUUAUUGGGGCCUUACAGGAACUGGAAGAGAUCAGUAUUUUUUAUUUCAUUCCUAGUUGGAUGUACGUUCCUACUUCAACCCGGUUCAGACUGCCAACGUUUGCAACCUCCCAGAGAUACCUUCCCCAGUUCAUGGCUGAAAAUCAUGCAGCUCCUCCACCUGUGAGGGGUCCCACAGUUCACAGCCCCCACCCAUGGAUGGAGCCAUCACCUGCCUGGGUGAUGGAGGCGCGGUCUGCUGCUGUGUCUGAGACAGAAGUGCUGGAGGAACAGAUGCUACGAGCAGGGAUACUGGCCUCCUUACAGGACGCUCCUGAAGAAGGGCCUGACGCUAAAGUAGAGGUCCAAAAGUCAUCAGUGUCUUCACUGCGGCUACAGCAGCUGGAGAAGAUGGGAUUUCCCACAGAGAAAGCUGUGGUUGCAUUAGCAGCAACCAAGGAGCUAGAUGGCGCCAUUUCUCUACUUAUUGAGGAUAGUAUUGGAGAACAAGCAGUGGUGGUAUCUAAGGGAAAGAGCCAUCCACCACAGCAGAGCAUCUAAACAAGCUUCUCUUUUUUAGGAAUCGCUCUGUUACGGAUUUUUCACUUUUGAUUUAAACUGGACAUACGCCAUGCUUGGGCUUUUC